CCCAUGGGAUUAUGGGAAAAGUGUCUUGCAUUCUCUAUACUGGAGCAAAAAAGAUGGACAAAGCAGUGGAAAAAAGUGUGUGAAAAUUGGCUAAAAUGCAUGUGAAAGAUUGAUAUUUUCUCCACAAAACUUCCUCCUUGUUAUGUUAGUGCAGCACACAGUAUCAGUAUCCAUUGAUUGUGUGAGAUUUUGGGUGAAAAACAAUGUCGAAUAGAGCGGAGCGACCCCCACCACUGAAGGCUGUUUUGCCAGUUUCCUCCCUUUUGCGUGGCUACCAGUGUCCCCCAUCGGCCAGCUACUUCAGUGCAUCUGCCCUGUCGCCCCCACUACGUCAUAUCUCUCCUGAGCACUUGAUCACAGCCUCCGGACACCGCAGUCCCGGAGCCAUAAACUACAAAGCUUCCGGCAAAUCAAUGACGCGCUCCCUGGAGCCCUGUAUUCGCCGUACAGCUUCACUGGACACCCUAACUUGUCCCCGGCCAGUGUGGUCUACCAUUCAGGCUCAUUCAUCGUGUAUGCUGCAUGUGGACAAGGCCACUCAGACAGAAGAGAGCUAUUGCAUGGAGAUGAGUGGACGUUCGUCCACGGACAUACUGCGCUCAGAUACACCCACGGAGGGUGUGAAGAUUGAGAAGGUGAUCAGGCAGCGUUUGCAGCAGCGCUCCCACUCACAGCGCAGCACCGAACAUUCCGUCAGCUCCCAGACACAGUCGACACUUGGGGCUACUCUGAGGGCCAGUCCUGUGACCAUUCCAGCCCGGACUGGGCCUCAUGGGCAUCUGAGGCCCAUGCGGAGCUCAGUGGAGGGGCUCAAUCAGGAGAUUGAAAAGCUCGUUCUCAUCCCAGGGCAGCAGCAUACCUGUCGGCCUGAAUCCAAUAGGAAUUUGUUUUCUCGUGGCACUCCCGAUGGACAUCGUGCGCCAAUUGCUGAACUCUUGCAUGGCGACACACGAUCUGUGAACACUCAAACGCCCCUAGGGGAUGUGUUCCUGUCCUCUGAUGACAGCCAGAGCACGUCUCCCGAUGAGUCCGGGAGCAAUGCAGCUGGCUACAGAGCGACCAAGGGCACAAUCACGAGUGCAUCACCAAGGAUCAAUAAAUUUUUGGCACGGGAACCUCCAGAUGGAUGUGAAAAAGUCAACUUGCGCCCAACGGAAUCCAGUGAGCAGACAACAAUCUUCAAGCCUUGCUUCGUGGGUGGCUUGAGACCAUCGCUGGGCAGUGCAUUUCAGCCUCUUCAGCCACUAUCACCCAGCACAGAGGAACCCCCAACGACACCACCAAAAGAGCACUGCGAUAUUGCUUCCCAACGAUGAAACUGCUCAUCCUUAACGUCUUUCACCAUUUUCGACUCAUGCGAAAUUUCCAUGCGAAGACCGGUUUUAGAAUAUGGCACCCAUUUCGUUGUGAUAGCAACAUCUUUUUUAGGUGUAGGAUUUCUGCAAUUGAGUUUUAAAAAAAGCGUCAUUCAAUUCUUACAAAUUCUGGCCACAUCAAACUACAAGUCAGCAUAGUUCUUUGAAAUGAAAAGGUGAGGAAGUGUUUGAUUUCUUUGCUUCUUACACCCGUCAAUCACCUGUUCAUUUAUCCAUUUAUUUGGUUUGCAUGUAAUUCGGUAAUAACAUAUUCAUAACAUUUUUUUCUAAUGCAUAAUUUAAGCUUAAAAUAUGGGUGAAGGUGUUGUGAAAUUAUUGCUUCCUAAUCUAAAAACUAGACAAAGUCGAUGUCUCCAUAACCGUUUGACUUUCAGACUAACAGACAAACAAAAAGACAAUAAUUUAUUAAAAGCUUUGUAUCACCAGUAGAAGUUUUUUCUGGUUGCAAACAGCAGGAAUAAAAAAUAAAAAUAAAUAAAUAAAAAAAGAAGCUUGAUAUUCACAUUUAUAGGGGAAAGCGCACUAUCUUCGGACGACUCAUUUUUUUAUGUUCUUGAUGGAUUUAAUACAUGAUUCUUUUCAGAAAAUUUGAGGCAUUUGACUAGUUAUUAAAAUAUAUUAUUUAGGGUAAAUUAAGCUAAUUCAAAACCUGCUUCAAAUGGAAAUUUGUCGCUACUCCAAAUGGAAACGUCACUGUUUUCAUGAUAAAUACAGUACUAAAUUACUACAUUUAUAAAUUUUCUAUAACUCAAUUUCAUUAUUUAGUUAAUUUUGUUCCAAAUAAAGCGAAAAUCCAUUCAUAUUCACAAAUUUUAAUUUGUUAAUUUCGGAGAAAAAUUAAAAGUGUACCUUUUCACCAUUGAAUUUUUCAUAGAUCGACCAUGUUUUCCAAUGGAAAACACAAUGAGGUGACUGUUGUUUAUUCGUUUUGUUUAACAUUUAUGUCAUAUUUCUGGAUAAUUUUAGUUAAAUUAAGUGCUAAUCUUUAUUGUUAACGGUACGUGAAGUUUUCAAAUAAAAUAAUUACCUUAUUUCGUGAACAAAAAGAGUUUUUUCUGAAGUGUCUGCAAAUGCUUCAAUAUAAAACCCCGGAAAUAUGAUUUUUUGGAGAGAUUUUGGAGAGGAAAGACCAGGAAUAAGAAAAAUCCUGCACUCAAGAGCAACACAACAAGGUUUUGGAAGUCCUUCGUCGCGGUUUCACUUACACUGUUUGUCUCCAAUUAGAAACUUUCCCUUGUCUCCAUUUGGAUUAAUUUGUUUCCAAUAGAAGUAUUUUACGCUCGCGUAUUUUUCUUGUAUUUAAGAAGUUUUCAAAUUAUUUUUAAAGACUUUUCACUAAACAGUAACAUUUUAGAAGAGUCAAGGAGCAAAUUUAUGUAAUUCUCUUCAGAAAAAUAUGAACUUAAUGUGUUGAAUCUUUUGCCAAAGUUAAAGCGCAUGGAAAUGGUUUUGAAUUAGGACAUUUACCCUAUAACUGGUCAAAUUCAUUAAAAACGUAUUAAAAAGAUGAAUUGUUCGAAAUUGUUCGAAAGUAACGCGCUUUCCCGCUAAGUAGUCCCGAAGGUACUACUCGUAUUCAAAGAAUUUAUCCAACCGUUUUUAAAUUUGAAGGUUUAUUUAAUAAACUUCGAA